UCCCCAGAGCACGACCCAGGCGUGGUCCCGGGUGGGGCGCCACUCCCUGAGGAGGCGCCGCCAGCCCCGCCCUCCCGGCCCGGCAAGUGACGUGGCCGCGGCUCCCCCGCGGACGGGGUCACGUGGCGGCGGCGCCCGGUUGCCUUGACAGCGGCUGCGGCGGCUGCGGGGGCGGAGUGGAGGCGGGGCCGGGGGACCCCGGGCAACCGGCGGAAGGAGGGAGGGGGCCGUGCUCGGCGCCCCGGCCCGGCCACUGGGCCACGGGCCACAGGCCACGCGGCCACGCAGCCCGAGCGGGAGCAGAGCCGGGCGGGGUGAGGGCAGCUCCGGGAAGAGACGUCCCAGGGAUGGAAGUGCCUGGAGGUGGUGCUGCUAGCUGUGGAUGUGUGCGAGGAGAUGGGACCGAGAGCCCGAGCUGGCAUUCGUAUAAAUGACCUGCCUGGCUCCCACCAUGAGCGCUGAGCUCAACGUGCCUGUUGACCCCUCCACUCCUGCCUGCCCUGAGCCCGGCCACAAGGGCAUGGAUUACCGGGACUGGGUCCGCCGCAGCUACCUGGAACUGGUCACCUCCAACCACCACUCGGUGCAGGCCCUGUCGUGGAGGAAGCUGUACCUGAGCAGGGCCAAGCUGAAGGCUUCCAGCAGGACCUCCGCCCUCCUCUCCGGCUUCGCCAUGGUGGCCAUGGUGGAGGUGCAGCUGGAGACGCAGUACCAGUACCCGCGGCCGCUGCUGAUCGCCUUCAGCGCCUGCACCACCGUGCUGGUGGCCGUGCACCUGUUUGCCCUCCUCAUCAGCACCUGCAUCCUGCCCAACGUGGAGGCCGUGAGCAACAUCCACAACCUGAACUCCAUCAGCGAGUCCCCGCACGAGCGCAUGCACCCCUACAUCGAGCUGGCCUGGGGCUUCUCCACCGUGCUCGGCAUCCUGCUCUUCCUGGCCGAGGUGGUGCUGCUCUGCUGGAUUAAGUUCCUCCCCGUGGACGCCCGACGCCAGCCUGGCCCCCUGCCCGGCCCCGGCAGCCACACAGGCUGGCAGGCCGCCCUGGUGUCUACCAUCAUCAUGGUGCCCGUGGGCCUCAUCUUCGUGGUCUUCACCAUCCACUUCUACCGCUCCCUGGUGCGCCACAAAACGGAGCGCCACAACCGCGAGAUCGAGGAGCUGCACAAGCUGAAGGUGCAGCUGGACGGGCACGAGCGCAGCCUGCAGGUCGUGUGAGGGGCCGGCCCGGGGCCGGGGGUGCAGUGGGGGUGCGGUGGGCCUGCGCCCCGGAGCCCGCAUCGGCGGGCAUUUGUUAGAUGCAGAGAUUUUUGAAAGGCUGCCGGGUGGUUGAAGACCAAAGUUUUCCCAGGGCACCGUGCCUCACGCCUGUCAUCCCAGCACUUUGGGAGGCCGAGGCGGGCGGAUC